UUCUCUUCCCUUUGGUGGAUCUUACCUCCUUUCAGACCGCCCAUCCCCAGCUGGUUAUUUGGUUGGUCAGCGCGCUUGUUGCUACGUAAUUCACCCGCGCCACCCGGAAGCCGCGGUUGUACCAACCCGUUCUUAUUGCCGGCGGCCCUCAGGAGCCCGUAAUGGAGACGCCCCCUAAAGGGCGGGUGGUGGAGGCCACGGGCGAGAAAGUACUGCGCUAUGAGGCCUUCAUCAGUGACGUGCUACAGCGGGACUUGCGGAAGGUGCUGGACCAUCGAGACAAGGUGUAUGAGCAGCUGGCCAAAUACCUUCAACUAAGAAAUGUCAUUGAACGACUCCAGGAAGCUAAGCACUCGGAGUUAUUUAUGCAGGUGGAUUUGGGCUGUAACUUCUUCGUUGACACAGUGGUCCCAGAUACUUCACGCAUCUACGUGGCCCUGGGAUACGGUUUUUUCCUGGAAUUGACACUGGCAGAAGCUCUCAAAUUUAUUGAUCGUAAGAGCUCUCUUCUCACAGAGCUCAGCAACAGCCUCACCAAGGACUCCAUGACUAUCAAGGCCCAUAUCCACAUGUUGCUAGAGGGGCUUAGAGAACUACAAGGCCUGCAGAAUUUCCCAGAGAAGCCUCGCCAUUGACUACUCGCCCCAUCCUCUGACAUUAAAGAGCCUGAAUGCCUUUGA